ACCUCCUAACCAGUUCAACAUACUGGUCAGAGAAAGUCACUGAGCAGUCUGUGGUAGAGUAUGAUCACAGAGCACACUGCAACAAUGGUCGACAAGUUUGUGGGAACAUGGAAGAUGAUUUCCAGUGAGAACUUUGAUGACUACAUGAAGGCACUGGGUGUGGGGUUCGCCACCCGACAGGUGGGGAACCGAACCAAACCCAACUUCGUUAUGAGCGUGGACGACCAGGGGGCGAUCUGCAUGAAGUCUCAGAGCGCCUUCAAAACUACCGAGGUCAAGUUCAAGCUUAACGAGCCUUUCGAAGAGACAACUGCUGAUGACCGGAAGACGAGGACUGUGGUAAGUCUGGACAACGACAAACUUAUUCAGAAACAGAGCUGGGAUGGCAAGGAAACUCUUAUUGAGCGGGAGAUCUCUGAUGGAAAACUGGUGGCGAAAUGCAUAAUGGGAGACGUAGUGGCUGUGAGGACGUAUGUGAAGGAGUGAUGUUGCGCCUGGAUGACCAGCUCAGUUCAAUGAGCAUGCUUCCAAACUGAAAAUGGCGUGUUCUGCUCUCUUUACCCUAACUGCUACCAAAGUCUGCUUUUGUACUUUGUUGCCCCAACUGGACAACUUGGGGUUUUGUUUGGAACUCUUGUGGUUUUGUGAAUUAAAACAAAAUUUGAGAUUUUGUCAAA